GAACUUUUGAGAUGAACGUCUGUAGUAUUGUCUACAGAUAUAAAUUUUCAAUUUUCAAUGAAAUGGUCAGUGCCUCGGAUAGUGAAUUCCUGCUCAGGCCACCACGCGGAAGAGGCUUUUGCCUGCCCCGAGUCCCCGACACCCCCACUUAUACGAGAAUAAAUCUCAGUUCCGCUGGCGUUUUCGGCGAGCCUAGCCGCUGUCAUAAGCGAAUACCAUCAGAUAAGAUGGGCCCACCUCAUCUUAUCUGAUGACCACUGCGCGAAUUAUCUGAUGAGUCGGAGCUUUUCUACUGGUUUCCCCCAACUCUAGACUAUUUUGUAGUCAAAAUACUUUCCGCUUCUUCUCCUGGUAUCAACCUUAGUGGGAGUUUGGCUCCUUUGAAUCUUCCGAUUGGUGAUAUUCGAUUUUUUCGUCUCAGUGGGGUCCCCGCUCUCUUUGUGCUUUAAUAGCAGAGAAUAAUACCCAGGUGCUGGAGGAAAAAUGCUCUCCCACAUUCAUUCGACGCACUCUACGCCUUUUUUGUCUUUCUAUUCUUUGCGCAGGUUUGAUCAUCAUGGUGGCCGUCUCAAAAGAAACCCCCGACAUGGAGAAGAACAGUGCGCGCGAGAAUUGUGUCAAGGGAGUUCCUGGGGCAAAUGUUCAUCCUUUACAUGACUCAGACAAGUCUUCUGCGGACUUUCAACCCGGUGUUGAGCGGGUUCGGGCUGUCGCUUCUGUUUGGUCGAAGAAGACGCUAUGGCUCACCUUCUCCCUGCUCUAUAUGGUGUCUUUUGUUGACAUGCUCUUGACUUCCGUUCAAUUCGCACUCAACCCGUUCAUCACCUCUUCGUUUGAGAAACAUGGACUCCUUGCCAGUGUCAGCAUCGUCUCCACAAUCCUUAGUGGCUGUUCAACACUCACGCUGGCCAAGAUUGUCGACAUCUGGGGCCGCAUCGAAGGUUACCUUUUCAUGCUUGUCCUUGUUAUUGUCGGCUUGAUCAUGAAGGCAACUUGCCAAAACAUGGAAGCGUAUGUCGGCGCCCAUACUCUUUAUUGGACUGGGCACAUCGGUAUGAUCUAUUGUGUCGAUGUCAUGUUGGCCGAUAUGACUACACUGAGAAACCGAAUGAUUAUGUUCAGCAUUAACAAUACUCCCACUAUCGCGAGUACAUUUGCUGGUCCCAAGAUCGCCGACCUGUUUUAUACCAACCUGAACUUCCGGUGGGCUUUUGGAGCCUUUGCUAUUAUGAUUGUUGGAGUCAGCCUUCCAGUCGUAGUUAUCAUGAUAUUCAUGGAGCGAAAAUCCGUAAAGGCGGGGUUUCUUAAUAAAGAAAAAUCUGGCCGCACCCUGUGGGAAUCGAUCAAAUAUCAUUUCGUUCAGUUUGAUGUCGUGGGGAUUGUCCUUAUUACGGCUGCGUUCGCCUUGAUUCUCCUCCCUUUUAGUAUUGUGGUUUAUGCCCCAAAAGGUUGGGCGACUGGGUAUAUCAUUGCCAUGGAGGUCGUUGGGGUUGUCUGCUUGGCCCUAUUCGUCUGCUGGGAAAGAUUUCUUGCCCCUGUGCAAUUUCUUCCCUUCAACUAUCUCAAGCAACCUACUAUCAUUGGCUCCUGCUUGCUAUACGGUGUUAUGUUCGCGUCAGCUUUUUGUUGGAAUGCCUAUUUCAACUCUUACCUUAUCGUUGUCCAUAGGCUAAGCAUCACUACUGCUGGCUACGUUCUCAACUCGUUCUCGCUCUCGUCCGCUAUCUUAGCGCCGUGGAUUGGCUUCUUGAUUCGAUAUACCGGAAACUUCAAAUGGGCCGCGUACAUAGGUGUCCCAUUUAUGCUUCUCGGAACUGCACUCCUGAUCCCUUUCCGGCAGCCUGACACUCAUAUCGGCCCUGUAACCAUCACUCAAGUCCUUGUUGGUAUUGGUACCAGCUUCUUCUCUGUCUGCGGCCAGCUUGCCGUCAUGUCAGUCGUCAGUCACCAGGAAGUUGCAGUCGUGCUCGCAAUUUGGGGCCUGUUCGGCUCCAUCGGUGCCUCUGUUGGUCUCGCAAUUGCAGGUGCUAUGUGGAAUAACAUUCUUCCCAGCCAGCUAUAUCAGCGACUCCCGGAGGAAAGCAAGUCCUUGGCCGCUCAAAUUUUCAGAGAUUUGGAGCUGCAGAUAUCCUAUCUCGAUGGCACACCCGAACGGGACGCUAUAGUUGGAGCGUAUGCAGACGUUCAACGAAAAAUGGUUAUUGCUGGUGUCUGCAUGAUGCCGCUGGUCCUGGCUUCCAUUGUCAUCUGGAAGAAUGUCAAUAUUAAGAAGCAGGAGGAAGAGGAAGGUUCUCAGACAACAGGCAAUGUUUUUUAAACUACUUCCCUUCAAGACUUCAUCUAGCCUUUGCAAAUUGGCUUUUCUGGAGCCUCAGGGUCAGGCUCAGCUCCCCACGUGUUAUACUGCCAUCGACUACAUCUAAUUCUAAUUUUGGUUUCGUGUGUCAAAAGAGCAAUCAAAAAAUAAACCAGUCACUAUUCGAUCAAGAACUUUAGCAAGAGUACUAUUGUGUGUAUGGAAGAGAUCUUUUUGUUUCAAAUUGCUCAAAAUUUCACGAUCCUAGUAGGCUCAUUGAUCUCUAACUAAGCAUGGAGACGAGAUGAAGACUCUUAUUCGCAAAAUAAAAGUCAGUAGAGGCCUUGUUUGAAUAUUUAUAGCCGCUAAUGCUGGAGCAGUUCUUGAAAGAUUGCAUCAACAAGGGGUUGCGAGGCUUGAACACAUCAGUUAUGUUGGUUGUAUUUCUUCUAAUGCUAGAGCGUUUGCAUAAAAUAGUUAGCCCCCCUUUCCAUAACAAUGUUUGAUCCCAACGUGGUUCUUGGAGUUAACGGCUUUAAUCAAUCCUAUUUCCUUGCAGCUAACCCGCCUACGGCGUAGUUGUUAAGAUCAAUUACUAGAAUCGUGAGCUCACAUUUAAGACCGGACGUAACUAUAGGCUAUGCCUAACUACGCCAUCCGCUCAGUUUUUAACAUCUCGCAAGAAUACGGGCAAUUAUCAAGGCACAUGAUUAGCUCAUCAUCUGGAAAACUACUGGCGCCGCAUCACCUUAGGCAUAGUUCGAGAGAGGAGGCAUUGAACGGGCACAAGCAGUGGCUAAUCUGAUUAAUCGACCGAGCUCGGAAGAAUUUUCCAAUUGGAACUGCAUCAUUCGAAGCGAUAUUCCAUCCGUACAUCAUGUACGGAGUACCUGUACAGAAGGGCUCUCAAGUAGUUAGUUACUAUGGAAUGGUUAAUCUCUUGUUCUCCGUAUUCGUGUGGGAGGAGGUAGCUACGUUAUAUUACAUAUGUUAGAGGAUAACGUUGUCAUAUAUAAUCUAUCUAGAGUGAAACUAUAUAUAAGUUGAGUAAGUUUGUUAAUGAUUACUACACCUACUUUUAGAGAAUAACGUUGUCAUCUAAAAUGUUUUUGUUGCACACAAAGCCUUGGUGUGUUAAUUAUUGUGGAGCUAGUCUGCAUUAGAAAACAGUGAUUC